GAGUAGAAAGUCCAGAUGGAGCUAGCACAGAAACUUUUAGUGUGACUGCGACGCCUCUAACGUUUCUGCUUCAGGUGAUCUCUCGUGCUUAACGUGAACACGGUGCGUUAGAGUCACGUUUCUCUGUCUGCGGGAUAGGAGCAGCACUGACCCGUCAACCCGGGGUACCCCGCCUCCGGGUAAGGUAUAAACUCCGGGCUUACCUACCGACGCUGACGGUAGCUGUGAACGUGUGGAGAUGUCGGAGAGCGGCGGGUUCCCGUGGACCGUGGUGGUGCUGACGUGCCAGCAUAAAGACAGUGUGUACGCGUUCCAGAGAGAGUUGGAGUUGCGGCAGCAGCGGGGCACCCUCUCUGCAGGUGCGUUGGUUUUGACCGUCAGAGACCGGCAGGAACCGCUGGGCAGUGGCGGGGCGACGCUGAACGCCCUGCUGGUGGCUGCGGAGCACCUGAGCAGCAGAGCCGCACACACAGUGGUGACAGCUGAUGUCCUGGAUGAUGCUCACAUCCUCAUCCUCCACACGGGCCGUGACUUUCCUUGGAGCUCCUGCAGCCGAGCCUUCUGCUGGCUGCCUGAGGAGAAGCCCGAUCAAAAGGUCCAGGCUCCGGUUUGCUGUCUGGACCUGCUGCUGGACUGCCUUAGCAACCAGAUCUGUCCCGGUUCUCCUCCUGGUGUUUGGGUCUGUAGCACUGACAUGAUCCUCACCGUCCCUCCUGACUUUGUGUUGUCCUGGGAGGGAUUCUCAGGUGUUCGGGUUUUGGCGUUACCCGGUGACAUCACCUAUGCAGCAGAUCAUGGGGUCUACCUGUCUGACCCACAGGGUCGGGUCAGAGACAUCAUCUACCGAGGAACCAAAGAGCAGAUCCAGCGAGCUGCAAUGCCUGAUGGGAAGGUGCCUCUGGUAUCGGGUCCGGUCUUCUUCAGCAGAUCUGUGUCAGAGAAAUUAUUGCAGACUCACGUCACUCCUCCACUGGACGGCUGCACCUACCUGGGCCUGGACUCUGGAGCUCCGCCCCUCCAGAUUUCUCUCUUCCUGGACGUGUUAAAGUGUCUCUGCUCGGAUCUGACUCAGGAUCAGUUUGUGAACGAGGAGCGAGCCGGGUGCAGUUCAGUGGUUGGACCACGGGGGGCGGCAGUGAGGAGCGGAAGGACAGAGUUGUGGAAGAUCCUUAGAGGAGCGCCACUCAGUCUGGUGUGUGUCCCCGGCGGUCGCUAUGACUACCUGACUCUGUCUGGGAAGGCACAUGUCAACCGACUGAGCCGUGAUUGGACGGGCAGAAAUGCUCUCUCUCAUAUCCAGAAAGAAGAUGCAGUGAGUGAAGGAGGUCGUGUCAUCAACAGCAUUCUGGAGGGAGAAGUCGCCGUGGCUGCAGGAGCAGUGGUGCAACACUGCCACCUACAGGGUCCUCUGGACGUCCCGUCAGGCUGUCUACUGUCAGGUCUCGAGCUGUCGACAUCGCCGAGCGUCCGCCGCCUGCCGCUCAGCCGUGACAUCAUCAUCCAGUGUCAUCGGGUUGAGCUGGGGGAGCUGCAGCUGCACGUCUACACGGUGAUGGGCGCGCACGACGACCUGCAGGUAUCCUCCGAUUCCAGUAACGCUUCCUUCCUCAACCACACCUGGAGCCUCUUCUACAGCAGGACAGGAAUACAGCCAGAGGAGUUGUGGGUCCAAGGAGAACAGCGUGCCCUCCUGGAGGCUCGGCUCUUCCCAGUCCUCCACCCCAGAGUUGGCGCUGUGGGUCUGGAGGAAGGCGUGGGCUGGCUGCUGGGGGGGCCUGGCUGUCUGCAGGGGUGGAGGGAGGCGUGGAGACUCUCUCUGAAGGAAGUGUUGAUGCUCACCCACCAGGAGGCAGAGCUCCAGCAAAGGGAGGAGCUGCUGUUCCUGGCAGGAAGGCGGAGAGUGACAGACACCCUGACAAGUCGCACAGACGUCUGCCUGCUGCCUUGCUUCAGGGCCGCGGUGUUGGGAGGGCAACAGGAGGCACUGCUGGAAACUCUGGACAGCAUUGCCUCAGGGAGCAGCAAGCAGGGGGCGGAGCUUGGGGCAGAUCUGGGUGUAGCUGCUCGCUGUCUCUCCUGCAGCGCGGACGUGUUGGUGUGCAUGGCCGGGGGCAGAGGAGGUCUGAGGAGCGGGCCAGCGGCUAACGAAGCCUGGAGCCCUGCCUACACCAUGCUGGAGAAGGGUAACCUGAGGGGCGGAGUCCACGCGCUUGCCAUGCAGAGACAACACUGGCUGAGCAGGCCUGACCUUUUGGUUCGGGCGGCACGGCACUACGAAGGCGCUGGACAGGUGCUGCUACGCCAGGCUGUGAUGUCAUCCCAGAGAUUCAUCUCCACUGGACAGGGAGAACUCCCGCCCAUUGGGGAGUGGCAGGAAGUGGAGUGUCCUGCCAGACUGGAUUUAGCAGGUGGCUGGAGCGACACUCCACCAAUCACCUUCGAGCACGGGGGCUCUGUGACCAACGUUGCGGUGAAGGUCAACGGGAAGCGUCCUAUUGGCGCCAGAGCUCGUCGCAUUGUUGAGCCCCGCCUACUGUUGGUCAGCUACAGUGGAGGGCGGGGCAGUGGCAGUUCCACAGAGAUAGUGUGUGACAACCUGGAUGACCUGAAGGACCACUGUCAGCCUCACGCUCCUGGAGCCCUGCUGAAGGCGGUGUGUGUGUGCAGCGGGUUGGUGUCACUGACUUCCCAGCAUCCUCUAGGACAUCAGUUGAUGGAGAGGUGGGGAGGAGGGGUGGAGCUCCACAGCUGGUCGGAGCUGCCGACGGGAUCGGGGCUGGGUACCAGUAGUAUCUUGGCAGGGGCGCUGUUGGCUGCGGUGUACAGGUGCACCGGUCGAACCUACAGCACGGAUUCCCUGAUCCACGCAGUCCUGUACCUGGAGCAGAUUCUCACCACAGGUGGAGGCUGGCAGGAUCAGGUGGGAGGUCUGGUGGGUGGAGUCAAGGUAGGUCGGUCCAAAGCGUCCUUGCCCCUGCAGGUGGAGGUGGAGAGUCUCAGUCUUCCUGAGGAGUUCCUGGUUACUCUGGAGCAGCACCUUCAGCUGGUCUACACCGGAAAGACCCGGCUGGCCAGAAACCUGCUGCAGGACGUGGUUCGCAGCUGGUACAGCCGCCUGCCCUCGAUGGUGCAGAACGCCCAACAGUUGGUGUUUAACUCCGAGGAGAGUGCUCAGGCUUGCGUGGACGGUUCUCUGUCCAAGUUGGGGGAGUGUCUGGACCGCUCGUGGCAGCAGAAGAAGCUGAUGGCACCUGGCUGCGAGCCGGCUUCGGUGCGAACCAUGAUGGAGGCCCUGAGGCCGCUGGUCCUGGGUCAGAGUCUGGCUGGGGCCGGAGGCGGCGGUUUCCUCUACCUGCUGACCCGUGAGCCCCAACAGAGGGAUGCCGUGCUGCAGGUCCUCAACAACACCCCGGGUCUGGGGAACUUCAGCGUUCACUCCGUGGAGCUGGACAAGGAUGGGCUCACAGUCCUGCCGCCAUACUUCAGCUAACCCGAGAGCUGCGACUGCAUUUCAGCUUCGGUCAAACGAUCAGGGACGUAUGAGCUGCUGCAUCCUAACUAAGAAUGUGUAGAUCAAAGUUGGUAUUUUUGUAUUGAGUCCUUUUUGUUAAACUGAUUUCUCUGAUCAGGAACAUUGAUCGACAGAAUAAAGAGCUCAGUGUUUGAGUGUUUCAGUCUGUGUCCAACAUCACAAAAUAUUCAGAUUUACUCAAAGAUGUUUGUUUCAGCCCAGUUUUAUUAGUAAAAACAAUGAAAUUCACAUUUGAUUAAAAAAACAAACAAAAAAAAAAACUAUACAGUGAAUUGAGCAGAAUUUAUAUACAGAUGUACAUCGCAAGUUGAACUGAUCUGGUGUUCAGUCGUCCUCCUCAUCUUCAGCAGGCAGCGGUCGGGCUCUGGACACACAAAACAAACCCCAAAUGGAUCAGAAACUGGAAAAUCGUCUCCACAGGACGCCCGAGCGUGAAUGCCACUCAGCGGGCGUCCAUCCAUCUUUAGCCACAUCUGAGUCAAACAUCCAUUUCCCAUCACUCAGGAAUCUCAGGACUUUUGAUCAAUUUGAAACACUGAUUAAGAAAUAAAUAAAUAAAUAAAAAUUUAAGACUGCAAAGCUGCAAACUUUGUCCC